CUCAGGAGGUGGGCUCUGGUAAACAAAUGCAUCUCAGUGGUGUCUGCGAGUCUUGGAACCAUCAAUUGAUCAAUCGCACGUCUCCCGCUCAAAAGGGGACAAUUGGCGUGGAAAUCCGCCUGCACCUUGCAGCAAGCGCAUGUGUCGAGGCCUCCUGAAUCGACGUGCACGCCUGGGACACAGCGUUUGCAGGCCCGAAACAGGCAUCCAAACAGGCACCCACCCGCCUGGGUGAAACCCCCUAAAGCGCAUCUGCUGCCCGGCAAUGCCCUCCAGCAGUAUCGCAUCUGCACGAUGCACGCCUUCGACAGCACCGCCAAUCCAGCAUCGCGGCCUACUGGCUCGACAAUUUCUAGAGCGAGCAGCCGCGGGGGCAGCGCCGACGAGAACACGCACACGGCCGUCACCGCCAUCAAGCGCAAGCCGUCAGUCCCGCGAUUGAGCCUAAACAGCAGGGCCGCCCCGACACGGCCCACCAGCACCAGCACCCGCAUCACAGCGACCGUGACUGCUCACACGGCGACCUAUGCAACCCGGACGACCGCCUCGAUAAGACGCUCCAGCGGCAGCACCACCUCCAGCACCCGCAGCACAAGGCCCUCACCACCGCCCGCACCACAACAACCGCUGCCGCUCACGCUCUCGCAACCACCCUCCCGCCGCCGCCCCCAGCCUCCCCAGCCAAAAGAUGGAAAUAUCCCACCGCCCGCCACCCUAGCCGUCGCGUCGCGAAGCCCCGUCCUCUCCACGGCCACGAGAGCCAUGCGGCUCACCGCCCCUUCCUCGUCGUCGACGACGAAGACUCCCGCCACGGCGCCCACGGCGAGGCAGCCGCAGGUGCCCUCCCUGUCGCGUCCGGCCACCACGCGCCCGCCCCUGACGCCCAAGGUUGCCGGGACCAGACCGCCGUCCGUGAUAGCGUCGUCGGCAUCUGCAUCCGCCACGGCUGUCGCAGCCACCACGACCCCACAGCAGCAGCAGCAGCCCCAGAAGCCCCGUCCCCAGACCGCCACUCCGCUGGCCCGACGCCCGACCAGGUCCGACUCCCUCACGGGCAACGCCGCCGAGACCCCUAGGGGCGACGUCGGCACGCCCGUCUCGACCCUUCUCCAGCAUGCAAACAUCACGCCACGCUCCGGCACGAGGCAGCACCGCGUCGACAGCACCAGCUCGACGCCCACCGGCACCCCACAGCCCGAGUCCAUCGAGUCAUGGGACGCGGGACCGUCGCCCGGCCUGGGCCCCACACACUCGGCUGAUACCGAGGGCGCACCGCCGAGGAGGCCCAUGGUGUCCUUCAGCUCGGCCCCGUCCGAUCUCGCCAAGGUCGCCGCCGCCCCCCUCUCGGCCCCGGCCGACUCCAAGUUUUUCUAUGCCAGCAGCGCCAGGCCGCAGUCCGUCUCGGGCGCCCCCCAGAAGCUGUUCCAAGCGCCACAGCAGCAACAGCAGAAAGCAUCCUCCUUUUACUACGCCAACGGCGCCUCGCUGCCGCCCAAGCCCAAUGCGCCCUCGGCCAUUGCCCCGGCUCCCUUCAGCCCGGCCCUGGGCCCGCCGAUAUCAACGCCUGGUGACGCAUUCUCCAACAAGUUUGUCUACGCCAAUGGCGUGCCCGACGUCCUGCCCUCGCCCAGAUCCGCCUUCUCGGGCUCGAGGCCGGGCUCCUCCAUGUCUGCGACCUCCAAGAUAGCCCAAGGCCGCGGUGUCUCGGGCAGCGGCCCUCCCGCCGCCCCUUAUGGCUCAUCGCGGCCAGUGUCCCCCCUUAAACAGCCCUUCCACCCCGUGCCCAGGCCGGGCGUGGGCACACCGAAUCUCCCUUCGAAGCGGCUCACACCACCCGCCGGCAGCCUUCCGUUUACUGCCCCAACAGGCCCGGCCCAGGGGAGGAGAAUCAGCAACGAAUACCCUCUUCAUGUUGCCGGUGGCGGCUCCAACCACAAGCGCAAUAAGAGCUCGGCGACCUCGGUCGACAAUGCGGCCGCAACAUUUGCUCGCGUGGCUCCCACGCCUCGUAUGGUGCCAUCGCGCCCUCCCUCUCUAGACAUGUCCUCGCCUACCGGUCUAGGAUUCCCCGCCGGCUUUACUGGCCUUUUACAAGCUGCAGAGGAGCUGUCGGAGGGGAGCGAGGCUGAUGAUGGGGAUGAUGUGGAUGAUGGGGAUGAUGAUGACGUCGACGACAACGAAUCCGACGUCAGCGACAACAGCGCCAGCAAGAGCAAAAGCCCGGUGGACGAGCUGGUGAUCAAUGCUAGACGCGAGCGGAAGGUCCAGGACCUCCAGAUCACCAACGCCAGCCUCGAGGCCAUCAACCGGACCCUAGAACGUCAGUUACGCAAGCAGACGGCGGAGCUGAGGCGGUACAAGAGGCUCUCCCGUGCCGGGCGACUCUCCAUAGCCACUGUUAACAGCGGGUCAGCGUCGGACGCCACUAUGGAGGGCCCCCUUCGCGACCCGUCUGCGCUGGGCCUGGAGGACCUGAGCGAGGAGGACCUGUCCGGCCUGGCAGACGAAGUGGAGUCACCGGAAGAGGAAGAGGAAAUGUCGGACAUCGAGGAGGAGGAUGGGUCCGGGUCCAGCCAGCUCAGCCCCGCCACGGCGGCCGAACGCGAUACGCGGCACCGCAAGGGGGACGAGAAGCGGCUGCUGGUGGACCUGUCCAAGCACCAACAGCUCCUGGUGGACAGCCAAAAGAUCAACCAGAGCAUCAAGCGGUGCAUGAACUGGACCGAGGAGCUGAUCAAGGAGGGCCAGCGCGCGCUCAAGUACCAGGUCCGCAUCAGCGAGGUCGACAUCAACGGCAAUGCGCUCAGGGACGAGGACGAGGACGAGGACGAGGACGACGAGGGCGAGACCAUGCCCGCCGUCGUCGUCGACUUUGGCCACGGCGAGCGCGGGUUCGCCGACGGCGAGUCCGGCAAGGGAUCGCAGGACCGUGAUAGCGGCGUGGAGCUGCCUUCUGAUGGGGGCUAACCCCAGCUCCCACCUGCCGGCCCGACCGUGGUUCCAUGACUGCUGCUGCCAUCGACGGGAAUAAUCAUGCACAUCUUUACCGGCGGUCGCUGCGUUGCGCUCCAUUACUUCGCACUCAUUUGUUUCCCCGUCGUCGUUGUUGCUUUUCUUGCCUAUUCCUUUGUACGCAUUGCCUAUGGAUUGUCCCUUUUUGUUUCUGAUACACACUGCAUCGUUAUGGACUUCGUACAUCUUGGAUUCACGGGUGGGCGUUUUAAUCAUUAUUGCACCCGGAAAAGGGGUUUCAUGGAAGCGACGAGAGCAGGAUAUAGCAUUUUAUCAUGACGGCCUCUUUUUGUCCACCAAGCCAAACCCUCUUCCGACAUCUCGAACACGUUCUCCGCCCGCCCACCCCCUACUUCAUCCACCCUUCCUCCACCAGACACCACAGAUAUGACCAUCCGCCCGCCGCGGCCCCUAUUCACAGCUGCCUGACUACCAGGCAACCCCCCUAUAAACCCCACUGAGAUCUCGUUUGUUUACUCGUCUUUAUAAAACCAGCCAGCUUUUUGCACCAAUAGAUACCCACAACAUAGGGAGGGGAAAGCAACAAAGGUCUUGCUGCUUGCGCCAGGGGACGCCGGUCCUCGGGCUGCCAGAUAAACCGUAGAGAGGGAAUCAAGACGAUUUGUUGAACAAGG